UGCGCGCGCAUCCGAAUCAGCUGGCGCCGGGAUCCCGCACCUGCGACCUCCUGCUACCCUCCUCCUCGCCGCUCCCUCCUGCUCAGCCAGGGCCAGCCUGCGAGGCCGUCUCCUCUUCUGUUAGGACCCGAAGGAAGAACAGCGAAGGGGCUGACCUUGCGCCGGGGCCCUGGUAGGGGAGGAAAGCGUCUCCGGCAAAGGGGUGGCUCGUCCUAUCACACGCAGGAGAAACCCAGAAAACCGAUCGGGGGCUCGAUGGACUAGCAGCUACCUCCCACGACCCUGAACUGCAGUCCGCGGAGUAUCGAUCCGCUAGCCGCCUCCUCCCAGAUCCCAGGGACCUUUCUGCCAGAAGAGCGGGAGGGCCACCCCCGCAGACCUCUCGGAGGCAGGAAUCCGCUUUGCCCCUGCAACCUCCUCUCCUCACCCUUGUCUCAUUCUUUUCCAUCCAUAGUAAAACACCACCAAGAUGGCUUCAGUUCGGUUCAUGGUGACACCAACAAAGAUCGAUGACAUUCCAGGUUUGUCAGACACCAGCCCGGACCUCAGUUCUCGAUCCAGUUCCCGGGUAAGAUUUAGCUCCCGGGAAAGUGUACCUGAAACAAGCCGUAGUGAGCCUAUAAGUGAGAUGUCUGGAGCCACCAGUUCACUGGCGACUGUUGCACUGGAUCCGGCUAGUGACCGGACUUCUAACCCCCAGGAUGUUACUGAGGACCCGAGUCAGAACUCCAUCACAGGGGAACACAGCCAGCUGUUAGAUGAUGGACAUAAGAAAGCUCGAAAUGCUUACCUUAACAAUUCCAAUUAUGAAGAAGGAGAUGAAUAUUUUGAUAAAAAUUUGGCACUCUUUGAGGAAGAGAUGGACACCAGACCAAAGGUGUCUUCUCUCCUCAGCCGCUUGGCCAAUUACACUAACCUGACGCAAGGAGCAAAGGAACAUGAAGAGGCAGAGAACAUCACUGAAGGGAAAAAGAAGCCCACCAAGACCCCCCAAAUGGGUACUUUCAUGGGUGUUUACCUCCCAUGUCUACAAAAUAUUUUUGGAGUGAUCCUGUUUCUACGCCUUACAUGGGUGGUGGGCACAGCUGGAGUUCUGCAGGCCUUUGCAAUUGUCCUUAUCUGCUGCUGCUGUACAAUGUUGACUGCUAUCUCCAUGAGUGCCAUUGCCACUAAUGGAGUGGUGCCAGCUGGGGGCUCAUACUUUAUGAUUUCCCGAGCACUGGGCCCAGAGUUUGGUGGGGCUGUUGGCCUCUGCUUUUAUCUUGGUACCACAUUUGCAGCAGCCAUGUAUAUCCUUGGUGCCAUUGAAAUUUUUCUGGUAUAUAUUGUCCCCCAAGCUGCCAUCUUUCAUAGUGACGAUGCACUCAAGGAGUCAGCAGCCAUGCUAAAUAACAUGCGUGUCUAUGGCACAGCCUUCCUGGUCCUCAUGGUAUUGGUGGUAUUCAUCGGUGUACGCUAUGUGAACAAGUUUGCCUCACUCUUUCUGGCCUGUGUCAUUGUGUCCAUCUUGGCCAUCUAUGCUGGAGCCAUCAAGUCUUCUUUUGCCCCUCCACACUUCCCGGUCUGCAUGCUGGGCAACCGCACCCUUUCAUCAAGGCACAUUGAUAUUUGCUCCAAGACCAAGGAAAUUAACAACAUGACAGUACCGUCAAAGUUAUGGGGCUUCUUCUGUAAUUCAAGUCAGUUUUUCAAUGUCACCUGUGAUGAAUACUUUGUUCACAAUAAUGUCACUUCAAUCCAGGGCAUCCCUGGAUUGGCUAGCGGUGUCAUUACAGAGAAUCUUUGGAGUAAUUAUAUACCAAAGGGAGAGAUUAUUGAAAAGCCCUCAGCCAAAUCUUCCGAUGUCUUAGGCAGCUUAAACCAUGAAUAUGUCCUUGUUGACAUUACCACCUCUUUCACUCUUCUGGUGGGGAUCUUCUUUCCCUCUGUCACAGGUAUCAUGGCUGGAUCCAACAGAUCUGGAGAUCUGAAAGAUGCUCAAAAGUCUAUUCCCAUUGGCACUAUCCUCGCCAUCCUGACUACCUCCUUUGUUUAUUUAAGCAAUGUUGUCCUUUUUGGUGCAUGUAUUGAAGGUGUUGUUCUCAGAGACAAGUUUGGGGAUGCUGUGAAAGGUAAUCUCGUGGUGGGUACCUUAUCUUGGCCGUCCCCGUGGGUGAUCGUUAUUGGCUCCUUCUUCUCCACGUGUGGGGCUGGACUUCAGAGUCUCACAGGUGCACCGAGGCUGCUACAGGCUAUAGCCAAGGAUAACAUCAUACCCUUUCUGAGGGUGUUUGGUCACAGCAAAGCCAAUGGGGAACCUACCUGGGCUUUACUUCUAACUGCUGCCAUUGCAGAGCUGGGAAUCCUUAUCGCCUCCCUGGAUCUUGUGGCCCCAAUUCUUUCCAUGUUUUUUCUCAUGUGUUACCUCUUCGUGAACUUGGCAUGUGCCUUGCAAACAUUACUUCGAACACCCAACUGGAGACCCCGGUUCCGCUACUACCACUGGGCCCUCUCUUUCAUGGGAAUGAGUAUCUGUCUGGCUCUGAUGUUUAUUUCUUCCUGGUAUUAUGCCAUCGUAGCUAUGGUAAUAGCUGGUAUGAUCUACAAGUACAUCGAGUACCAAGGAGCUGAGAAAGAAUGGGGUGAUGGUAUCCGCGGGCUGUCCCUCAGUGCAGCCCGAUUUGCUUUGCUUCGGCUGGAAGAAGGACCUCCACACACUAAAAACUGGAGGCCUCAGUUGCUUGUACUGCUGAAACUAGAUGAAGACCUACAUGUCAAGCAUCCUCGCCUCCUCACCUUUGCUUCACAGCUUAAGGCAGGAAAGGGUCUCACUAUUGUGGGCUCUGUCAUCGUGGGGAACUUCCUGGAGAACUACGGUGAAGCUUUAGCUGCUGAGCAGACCAUAAAGCAUCUAAUGGAGGCAGAGAAGGUGAAAGGAUUCUCCCAGCUGGUGGUGGCCGCCAAGCUGAGAGAGGGCAUUUCCCACCUCAUCCAGUCAUGUGGCCUUGGGGGCAUGAAGCACAACACAGUGGUGAUGGGGUGGCCAAAUGGCUGGCGCCAGAGUGAAGAUGCUCGAGCUUGGAAGACUUUUAUUGGCACAGUUCGAGUGACAACUGCUGCCCAUCUGGCCCUGCUGGUGGCUAAAAACAUCUCCUUCUUUCCCAGCAAUGUGGAGCAGUUUUCUGAGGGCAACAUUGAUGUGUGGUGGAUCGUGCAUGAUGGGGGGAUGCUCAUGCUCUUACCAUUCCUACUGAAACAGCACAAGGUGUGGCGAAAAUGCAGCAUACGGAUCUUCACAGUAGCCCAACUAGAAGACAACAGUAUUCAGAUGAAGAAGGACCUGGCCACCUUCCUGUAUCACCUUCGCAUUGAGGCAGAGGUGGAAGUGGUGGAGAUGCAUGACAGUGACAUAUCAGCUUAUACUUACGAGCGCACCCUGAUGAUGGAGCAAAGGUCCCAGAUGCUCCGGCACAUGCGACUAUCCAAAACAGAGCGGGACAGAGAGGCACAGCUGGUAAAAGAUCGGAAUUCAAUGCUACGAUUGACCAGCAUUGGCUCUGAUGAGGAUGAAGAGACAGAGACCUAUCAGGAGAAGGUGCACAUGACCUGGACGAAAGACAAGUACAUGGCAUCCCGGGGGCAAAAGGCCAAGUCAAUGGAAGGAUUCCAGGACCUACUUAACAUGCGUCCGGACCAGUCCAAUGUGAGGCGGAUGCAUACAGCAGUGAAGCUCAAUGAGGUUAUAGUUAACAAGUCCCAUGAAGCAAAGCUGGUUUUGUUGAAUAUGCCAGGGCCACCCCGAAACCCUGAGGGUGAUGAAAACUACAUGGAGUUCCUAGAAGUGCUCACUGAAGGACUAGAGCGAGUCCUUCUUGUCCGAGGUGGUGGCAGUGAAGUGAUCACCAUUUAUUCAUAAUCUACCCCUGAAUGACUCUGCUGGGCCUCACCUUUCCAAAAAGGCUUCCAUCCUCCAUGGAAGUGCCAGCUCUUUACUACCACUUCCAUCAACUAGAGACCUGUGUUCUGUGUACAUCACGCUGAACUCUUAAUGAGGUGAGCCUCAAGUGCUUGUGCAGAAAAGUACAAACAGAUCUGCUCUUUGCUACCAUAUGACCUGCUGUCCUUAAAGAAGAAGCAGAUAUUCCCUCAACCUCAGAACAAUGCUCAAGUCCUACAAGCCAUGCCUGUACCAGAUAAAGGCAAGUUAGAAUUAACAAGCUAAACCAAUAAAAUGAAUUGGCAAAAGGGAUGCUAGAAAUUCAACUGAAGACAAAAGACAAGUACACAUCUGACAUCAAAGAUGAGUCUCAGAAGUCACGAUUCAAUGAUGACACACCAUGGGGGUAACAGCCAGAGAGACACAGCCUCAUUAUACUAAAGAAUUCAUGGCCAAGUACACGGGGAGCUAACAUCUUUGUGGAGACAUCCGUGGCAAGCCAAGAUGAAAAUUUUUGUCAGUGUAUCCACUGCUCUCCAGGACUCUAAUUUUACAUUAGGGUACUAAUAUAUAAAAACGGAAACAUGAAACUGCAGCCCCUACUUCCUCCAGAAUAAGAUUCCCCCAAAAUA